CCAUGAUGUGGGAACUGCGAUCCGUAGCCUUCACCCGGGCUGUCUUUGCAGAAUUUCUGGCAACUUUGGUCUUCAUCCUCUUUGGUCUGGGCUCUGCUCUGAACUGGCCCUCAGCUUCCUCCCCAAGCAUCCUUCAAAUCGCACUGGCUUUCGGCUUGGCCAUCGGCACACUGGUCCAAGCCCUGGGGCACAUCAGUGGAGCCCACAUCAACCCGGCAGUGACGGUGGCUUGCCUCAUCGGCUCCCAAGUCUCCUUCCUCCGUGCGGUCUUCUACGUGGUGGCGCAGCUCCUGGGGGGCGUUGUGGGGGCUGCCAUCUUACACGAGAUCACCCCAGCGGACUCCCGGGAAGGCUUGGCCAUCAACAAGCUGCACAACGAGACUACGACGGGGCAGGCGGUGACCGUCGAGCUCUUCCUCACCUUCCAGCUGGUCCUGUGCAUCUUUGCUUCCACCGAUGAACGCAGAGAGGACAACCUGGGCUCUCCUGCCCUGUCCAUCGGCCUUUCUGUUGCCGUGGGGCAUCUCCUUGGGAUCCGUUACACUGGCUGCUCCAUGAAUCCAGCCAGAUCUUUCGCCCCUGCUGUGAUAGUUGGAGACUUCAGCGACCACUGGGUCUUCUGGGUGGGCCCCCUGGUUGGGGCAGCAGCAGCCUCCAUCAUCUACAACUACAUCCUCUUCCCACAAGCCAAAACCUUCUCGGAGAGGCUGGCCAUCUUCAAAGGCUUCGAGCCGGAGGAGGACUGGGCAGAGCGUGAGGUCCGGCGGCGGCAGUCAGUGGAGCUUCAUUCCCCACAGACCCUGCCGAGGGGGAUGUCCGAGAAGGUGUAGCCAGACUUCCCCCCAGGCCAAGAGAGGAGCCGGGGAAAACUCUGGCAUCCGUUUCAGAGACGGUGCUUGUCCAGAUCAGCAUUUCACCGCUCGCUCUUUCCCUUCAUUUUUGCUGGCCAACUCAAGUUGACUCAUGUCCUGGGGAGAUGCACCGUGGUGGUCCAACCCACCUUCUGCUGCCCAGCUCUCCCCGUGGCUGAUGGUUUUCUGAUGCUGGGGGAAAAUACCAUUAAAUCAAAGCCACCAGCAUAGCAACAGGAACAAGGACACUGGGAU